AUGGCAUCCAAGCGCAAAGCCUCAGCCAUGGCAUCCGCCGUGCCCGACGAGCCUGUCGACCCGGCUGACGAGCUCAUGUUUCUUUGCUUGGGCGGUGGCAACGAGGUUGGCCGAUCAUGCCAUAUUAUUCAGUACAAGGGGAAGACACUUGACGCCGGCCAGCAUCCUGCCUACGACGGGCUUGCUGCCCUCCCCUUCUUUGACGACUUCGACCUGAGCACGGUAGAUGUGCUACUCAUCAGCCAUUUCCACAUAGACCAUGCCGCCUCGCUGCCAUAUGUUCUGGCAAAGACCAACUUCCGCGGCCGCGUCUUCAUGACGCAUCCCACCAAGGCCAUCUACAAGUGGCUUAUCCAGGACAGUGUGCGCGUCGGCAACACGUCUUCAAACCCAACCACGUCGCUUGUCUACACAGAGCAGGACCACCUGAACACGUUCCCCCAGAUUGAGGCUAUCGACUACCAUACCACCCAUACCAUCUCGUCGAUCCGCAUUACCCCUUAUCCUGCAGGACACGUCCUGGGCGCGGCCAUGUUUCUGAUCGAGAUUGCGGGCCUCAACAUCUUCUUCACCGGCGACUACUCGAGGGAGCAAGACCGUCAUCUGGUGUCUGCCGAAGUACCCAAAGGCGUCAAGAUCGACGUGCUCAUCACGGAAUCGACCUACGGCAUUGCCUCGCACGUGCCGCGCGUUGAGAGGGAGCAGGCUCUGAUGAAGUCUAUCACCGGGGUCCUCAAUAAGGGCGGCCGAGUUCUCAUGCCUGUCUUCGCCCUAGGCCGAGCGCAGGAGCUCCUUCUGAUCCUCGACGAGUACUGGGGCAAGCAUGCAGAGUUCCAAAAGUACCCCAUCUACUAUGCCAGCAAUCUCGCCAGGAAGUGCAUGCUGGUCUAUCAGACUUAUGUCGGCGCCAUGAAUGAUAAUAUCAAACGUCUCUUCCGGGAGCGCAUGGCUGAUGCCGAGGCGUCUGGAGACUCGGCUGGGAAAGGCGGGCCCUGGGACUUCAAGUUCAUCCGGUCGCUGAAGAAUAUCGACCGCUUCGACGACGUGGGCGGCUGCGUCAUGCUAGCCAGCCCGGGUAUGCUCCAGAACGGUGUCAGCCGUGAACUGCUAGAACGCUGGGCGCCGAGUGAAAAGAACGGCGUCAUUAUCACCGGUUACAGCGUUGAAGGGACUAUGGCCAAGCAGAUCAUGCAGGAGCCCGAGCAGAUUCAGGCCGUCAUGUCUAGAAAUGUUGGCGGCGGGCGCCGGAACCCAGGCGGCGAUACUGAUAAGGUCAUGAUCCCUCGCCGUUGCACGGUCCAAGAGUACUCGUUUGCGGCCCAUGUCGACGGAACAGAGAACCGGGAGUUCAUUGAGGAGGUUAGCGCCCCCGUUGUGAUUCUCGUGCACGGCGAAGUGCACAACAUGAUGCGGCUCAAGUCCAAGCUGCUAUCUCUCAAUGCGUCCAAGACCAACAAGGUGAAAGUCUACAGCCCCCGCAACUGCGAAGAGCUGCGCAUUCCGUUCAAAGCGGACAAGACGGCCAAGGUUGUGGGCAAGCUUGCGUCAAUCCCGCCGCCCAGGGGUGGCAGCGGGGCCCAGGAGCCAAAGGUGUUCACGGGCGUGCUAGUACAGAAUGACUUUAAGAUGUCGCUUAUGGCGCCCGAGGACCUGCGCGAGUACGCCGGACUGACCACGACGACGAUUGCCUGCAAGCAGCGCCUCCGGCUCAGCGCCGCCAGCAUUGAUUUGAUCAAAUGGGGCCUUGAGGGCACCUUUGGCGGCGUCGAGGAGCUCCCUCAGCCUAAGCCCCAGCAUUCUUCUGCCAACGCUAAUGGCAACGGCCACGCAAGCGAGGCUGGGGCUCAAGCGGAGGCCGACGAGGACAGCGAUGUUGUCGCUACUUACCUAGUGAUGGGCUGUGUUACGGUCCGCUACCACAGCACCGGCGAGAUCGAACUGGAAUGGGAGGGCAAUGUCCUCAACGAUGGUAUUGCCGACGCCGUUAUGGCCGUGCUUGUCAGCAUUGAGAGCAGCCCUGCGGCAGUAAAGCGCUCUGCAAGCAAGAACCCGCACUCACACUCUCACGACGAGGCGCUGUCAUUCGAGCUACCCACGCGGAACCUCCAUGCCAACCUCUCUCCCGAUGAGCGCCUUGAGCGCUUGAUGAUGUUCCUCGAGGCGCAGUUCGGCGCCGAAAACGUGAAUCCCGUCACGGAGCCCAAGCUGCCGCCCUCGCCACCGGCAUCGGCCGCAUCAGCAAAGAAGAAGCUCCUGCCCCCCAAAGGCGAGAGCGUGGACCCAGACGCCGGCGCAGACUCGGAGGGUGGUGCCUCGAUGGAUGUGUCGGAAGACGACGACAACAUAAAGGAGGAACAAGAGACGCAGCUCAAGGCGCGCCAGCAAGCCGAGCUCGCACGCUUGCACCGCCUCGGCAUCCCGGUCCCGGGCGUUGAGAUCAGGGUCGACAAGAUGGUCGCCACCGUCUGGCUCGAGGACCUCGAGGUCGAGUGCAAGACCAAGGUGUUUGCCGACCGCGUGCGCGCCGUCGUCGAGCGUGCCGUCGAGGUCACGGCGCCCAUGGCCGGCGGCCAGUUCUAGUCUGUGCUAACUUGUUUUUUGUAUCAACCAAAAGGAAAGAACUGUAUGAAAAGAAUCCUAAUCUGGGGGACACGGGAUGGAUAAGGAGUUGUUUGUUUGCUAACCUCUCAAGCCAGUUCAGUUCGGCUUCAAUGUGGAAAUGGGACGUGGAAAGGGGAGAGCGGCGGAACAAAUCUUCUAUAUCACUUGUAUGUCAAGCUACCUAGGCUAGUGGGUGUUUUUAUAUCAGUGAAAAUUUGGCUGUUCGGUAACCUACUAUGUAAAGCGAACAUGGUGAC